CCCAAGGGAUUCAUGGAAUUGGUACCUCAUCACUACUUCGAAGCAUUUCUAUAUACUAUUACUAAGAAAUUUAUCAAUGGCUUUCCUUCGAUCCACCUUGGCGACCUCAAUGGUUCUUUUAGCAAUGCUAGCCAUUGUCUCCGCAACUGACUAUUAUGGAUAUGGUCCAACACCAAAGCUUGAGAACCCCAAACCCAAAACAGAUUACAAAGUUGACAAACCACACCCCAGAAUACCAGAUUACUAUGCAGUGCCCAAACCAAAAGGAAACGAUGAACUACAUCUGCUUCCCACAAUCAUUGGUGUCCAAGGUGUUGUUUUAUGUAAAUCGGGUUCCAAUUAUUUCCCAAUUCAAGGAGCCGUUGCAAGAGUUACAUGUGGAUGUGAGAAUGAGCUUGGGUACGAGACAGGUCCUAUAUCAGUGUUGAGUCAUGUGACAGAUAGUAAAGGCUAUUUCUUUGCUACAUUGUCACUUGGGGAGCUUGGAUCGAAAUUGAAGAUCACUGAGUGCAAGGCAUACUUGGAGAGUUCUCCAUUGGAGACAUGUAAAGUUCCCACCGAUGUCAACUACGGGAUCAGUGGUGCUCGUCUUUCUUCUUAUCGCCUCCUUGAGAAUAAGAUGAAGUUGUACACUGUGGGACCUUUCUUCUGCACCUCCCAACCUGCUAAACCACUCCCUAACGGUUAUUAAUUAAUGAAGCCACCUUCUAUAUGACGUCCGUUGAAAUGGCUGCAAAGUGGAAAUCAUCAUUUUUUUUUUAUAUUCAAUUUCUAUUUUUGUGUUUUUUUUUUGUCUGAUGUUUUGUUAAGUGUUGGUUUCAUAUGUAAUUCAUUGGUAGGGGGAAUUGAUUAAGCCUCCUUGCCCUUUAAGAGAUUUAUGUUAAGUUUUAAUAUGUUAUGAUAUUGGUUCCUAAACCAAAAUAA